CAUUUCUUAAUUAAUUAAUUGAUUAUGUUAAUCUUAAACAUUGAAAUAAUUAUGACUCCCAGCCGCAUCCGCUCUAGCGACCCGCCUGACUUCUAGCGGCGACGGGUGAGGCAAAUCAAUCUCUAUCCGACUGCCGCCGCCGCCGCCUCCUACGCCGCCCUCGUUCCGAGAUUCAUGAUUCUGUUAGCCUGGUUCCUAUACUCUCGGAGAUGGAUUCAACAUAGGCAUGGAUUAGGGUUCCAUCGCUACAUAGAGGCUGCCGCCGCCUUGUACGCCGACCCUGCACUCGACGGCGUCUUGCCGGCGGCCACUGCGUGUUGUGCAUCCCGGUGGUCCGCCACAUCGGCUUCCGCCGUCCGUCAGCCACGGCUGGAAAGAUUCAUCUGUGGGUGAAACUGAAGGAGAUGGAGAAUACAGAAUAAAGCUACUCCCAUUAGAUUGUUUAAGGGAUUGACCACUCCAUAGAGUUGGUGAAUCGAGUUGUGUGCUGAUCAAAGAUGGUUGCAACCGUGUGUAUGCCAGGAAAAUUUGCUGCAUUAUGCAGGAAAUUGACAAAGGAUCAAAGGGAUAUAGUUGAAAAAAUAGGAUUAGGCAAGUUACUUAAUAUUCCAUCGAUGCCUAUUCAACGUAUGCUAGUGGAGAGUCUUGUUGAAAAAUUCAAUGCAGCAGAUAGGACCUUUACAAUUCAGGGCCACGUGGUUUCUAUUUCCCCAUGGGAUGUGUACUGCAUAUUAGGUCUAGUUGACAAAGGAGAAAAGAUUGAAAUUAGUAGGAAGCAAGCAGACCGUAAAUGGUUUAGUGUUUAUAAACAAAAGGGUGAUACAUCAAUCACUUUCAAAUACUUGGAGGAAAGAAUACCAAGGGAGGCUGAUGCUGAUCACUUUGCUAGGAUGUUUGUGCUAUAUGCUAUAGGAACAAUUUUGGCACCUAGUUCUAAGGGUUAUGUUGCCAGCAACUAUUUAGAGUUGGUGGUUAAUGUUUCAAGAAUCAAGAAUCUCAAUUGGGCGCGAUUCACAUUAGUUCAUUUGUUGGACAACCUGGUUGAAUUCAAGAAGAACAGAAGAACAGGACUUGCUGGAAAUUUGGCACUAUUCCAGGUUUGGUUUUUUGAGCAUUUUCAAGCAUCUGGUGAUGGCUUAGAUUAUACACUGCAUCAACAUCCGUUGAUAAGAAAUUGGAAUGAAGACAAAGUUUUGAAGCGAGCACGCAUUCAAGCUAUAAAGAAAUUUGGGGCUGAAAAGGUGGUCACGGAAUUGGAACCGAAUGAGUCCAAAGUGCACACUGGUAAUGAUAAUUUUUACCAGGAUAUUGGUGAUGACCAAUAUAAUGAGGGAAUGAGAUACGAAAAAUCUGAAAAUAAGGAUUGGAAUGAGAAUGUUGAACAGGAAGAUGUAAAUCAAGAAGACCUGCGUGAUGCUAUGGAGGAUGACGAAAUCAAGAUAAAGGAAUCAAUGGAAGCAAUGAAAUCCCUAUUUGUUAGGUUCCCGGAGUUGCAUACGGUUGUGCAGAUGGUUGUCAAGCUAUUUGAUGGAACUAGAAGUAAUAGGUCUACAAAGUGUGAGGGAAAACAAUGUGAUUCAUCGGGUACUAGCAAAUCGCGAGAAUCGAAUUCCAAUGUUCAAAAGGAAAGUGAGUUGGCAAGUCAUGCAAACAGUAUGGAUAAAUCAGAGAAAGAAAAACCAUGUCCGGAGCAGGGUACUGGUGAUGAAAGGGAGGUUUCUUCAUCCAACUUAUCUUCAGGAGCAAAGAGGAAAAUUGAUUUUGUUUUGAGUCCUACACUGGUUGAAAAGGUAAAAACCAGAACCAAUAGGCAACCAAGCAAAGUCUGCAAGUCUCCGUACAUAGGCACAAAGCAGAAUAGGGUAUCUACAACAAAAACUAAUUGUCCAAAUGUUGGCGACAUUACAAAAGGACUAGAGUUAAGUGACUUGGAACUUCACGCCAUUAAAUAUAUUUUGGAGGAAUUAGCGACUGAACCAAAAAAAAGUCUAGUAUCCAUAGGUGGAAUUGAGCUGGGUGCUAAUCAAUUGAAAUGUCUAGUAACACGUGUGAGAGAGGAUGCAGGAGACAAAUGGUUAUGUUCUGGGAUAGUAGACUCCUAUGCAACUAUAUUCAACUCUGAUUGGAAAAAAGAUACUAACGAGAUAAAGCAUGCACUUUUAGAUGUCAAUUGUCAGUGGUUACGAAUGAUUGGGAAAGCUUGGGUACAAACUGGUGUACCUUGGUGGAGGUUGUGCCAUAGUCUGCUCAGGAAUUGGUUGGAGCUGAUAUGGUCUUCAUUCCCAUGAAUAAUACAAAAAGUCACUGGUGGCUCUGUGUUCUGUACCCUGCUAGAAAUGAAAUUCAAGUUCUCGAUUCUUUCAAUAGGACCAUAAAUUAUGAAGAAGAAUUAGUCGAAUUGAGAUGUGGAAUUCAUUCAAUUUUGCAAGCAAUUUUGGCAUCAUCUGACAAGUUGGAGUCCAGGUGGAGUAACUAUGACAUUCUACAAUGGGAUGUUGUUGUGAAGAAAAACAUUCCACGACAACAUGAUGCGUGCUCAUGCGGGAUUUUUACAAUAAAAUAUAUGCAAUUUUGGAAUGGGAGUGAAAUAACAAAUCCAUUCACGCAAAAGGAUAUGGAGAAAUUUAGGAAGAAGAUGCCAGCUGAGCUGAUCUUGUCGCCCUUGAAUGAGCUUACUACCAGCAAAGGGCAUGUACUUGCCACCCAGAAUUUUAGUUGAUCUCUAUUUUUUCAAACCAUCAGGAUUUUUGUAAAAUAGUUUAGAUUUAUUCUAGAGUUGGUCAUACAAAGAGAGAACAGAAGGCUCUUGUUGCUAGCUAUGCUAUCCAAGUUUGCCAUAUUGGAGUUAAAUUAUAGUUGUUUGUGUUUGAACUACCAGAUGACAUGCUAUUUUUCAAUUAGUGAUCUCUGCAGCAUUCCUUA